CGUUGGCGGGAUCUCGCUCCGACGGCCCUGGGGGAUGCUGGACAUAACGGCACUGCUUCUGGCGGCUGUUGUGGUCGCAGUGUCUGCGAGCAUCAUCUCCAGGAAAUGGCGCUGGAGGCAGGUCGAAAAGCUUCCUGGCCUCGUAGCCCUGCCUUUUAUAGGGACUACGUACAUCGCAUUCCUUACGAAGCGAGAGGAUCGGAUGCGCAAAUUUGACGAGGUGAUCAAGAAGUUCGGUCCAAUCUUCCGGUCCUGGAUUGGACCGUACCCAUCGAUAAUGAUCCAAAAACCAGAAUACCUAGAGAAAAUAAUGUCCAGCAGUGAGUUAAUUGAGAAGUCCACCUUCUACUCAUUCCUGUACCCUUGGCUGGGAGAAGGUCUCCUCACCAGCUCAGGUUCCAAGUGGCAUAUGCAUCGUAAAAUGAUUACACCUGCUUUCCACUUCCGUAUAUUAGACAACUUCGUCGAAAUAUUUGCUGAAAAUGGGGAGGUCCUAGUAGAGAAAUUGAAACCUAAAGCUAAUGGAAAGACGUUCGAUAUCUACCCAUUCAUUACACGCUGUGCCCUGGACAUCAUAUGUGAAACAGCAAUGGGAACUUCAGUCAACGCCCAGAAUGAGACACAAUCUGCUUACGUCAACGCCAUUUGCAGUAUCAGCGAGCUCACCAUAAAAAGAAUGAUCAAACCAUGGUUGCACACUGAAUUCAUUUUUAAAAGGAGUUCAACAGGAAAAGAGUUCUACAAACAGCUGAAUAUCUUACACGGCUUUACAAAGAAGGUAAUACGCGAAAGGAAGUCAGCCCGUAAAACGAAUGUAGCCCAGAUCCAGGCACCACAGGAAGACGACAUAGGUAGGAAGCGACGUGUGGCUUUUCUGGACAUGUUGUUGGACGCUUCUGAGAACGGCCAGAAACUUAACGACCAGGAGCUGCAGGAGGAAGUGGACACCUUCAUGUUUGAGGGCCACGACACGACGUCGGUUGCCAUGUCAUGGGUUCUUAUGCUGCUGGGACAUCAUCCUGGUAUCCAAGAGAAAGUCUUCGCUGAGCUGGAUGACAUAUUUCGAGACGAUCCUAAGAGACGUCCAACUACUCAUGAUCUGAACAACAUGAAGUACCUCGAGAUGGUCAUCAAGGAAGCCCUGAGACUGUACCCGAGUGUGCCUGCCAUCGGCCGCCGAGCGACGAAAGACAUCGAAAUUGGUAGCUACAAAAUUCCUGAGGGCUGCCUGAUAACCCUCAACAUCCGGCACACUCACCGCGACCCCGACCACUGGCCGGACCCGGAGCGCUUCGACCCGGACAACUUCCUGCCGGAGAGGGUGCAGGGCAGGCACCCCUUCGCCUACGUGCCCUUCAGCGCUGGGCCCCGAAACUGUAUAGGCCAGAAGUUCGCCAUCCUGGAGGAGAAGACGGUGCUGUCGUACGUGCUGCGCAACUUCCGCGUGGAGACGGUGGACAGGCUGGAGGACCUCAAACUCAUCGGCGAGCUCGUCCUCAGGCCGAUGAACGGUGUCAACCUCAGGCUGUGGCCGCGGUAGCGCAGAGUCCGUGGCGGCGCUUCUUCCUGUCUCCUGCUCAGUCUGGCAACAGCGCAGUGCUUUGCGCCUCACUUAUUCAUCACGUGACCUUAACAUUCUAAUAAGUGUGUAUAUAUG